AAAGAGGGAAACGAAAGGUUUGGUGCCGGCCUUUAUAAACCACAUCGAACAAUGCCGAUUCAUUCGCCCUGCUGCUCUGCGGACGCAAAGACGCCGUCGUGUCAAGGUGUUCCAAGGAAAUGGAGCUGCAUCCAGACGCCCCGUCGGCGCCGGUGCCAUCAGGGAGGGACUGGUCGGAGCUGCCUCUCGAUGUGCUUACUUCGGUCUUCGCGGGGCUCGGCGCCGUCGAGGUUCUCAUGGGCGCUGGCUUUGUGUGCCACUCAUGGCUAGAGGCGGCCAAGGCGCCUGGGCUCUGGCGCAAGGUGGACAUGGGGCGCGGGCCGCGGGACAAGGAGGUGGUGGAGAAGAAAGGAGGUAUUGAUUCAGACGACCCAAACCACUUGAGCAAGAGCGCACAGGUGAUGUGCGCAAUGGCGAAGGUGGCCGUGGACCGAUCCGACGGGAAGCUGCAAGUGUUUGUGGGGGCGAACUUUGUUACUGAUGAGAUCCUCAAUUACAUCGGGGCCAGGUACUCGCCCUUUUAAUACAGAUUUCCAGUGUUGAGACUUGUUUUGAACUGCGUACGUGACUCUUGCAGUACAGAACAACGAAUCGUACCUCACUCUUGCAAUAUCCUUUUCUUGUGUUUCACCCAUGGAUAUAGACAUAUAGUGCUGCUGUUUUUUACGGAAGUGUCUCUGUAUUUGUUUGUGGCCUUUUUA